AUUUACAUAAAAAUUAAAUGCUACUUUGAAAAGAAAAACAAAAACCAUUAACUCACCAUCAGUUUCGCCACGAACAAGCUCAUUUCAGUGCCCUCUUUCUUUUUAUCCUCUUUUUCCUCCAUUUUCUUCAUCCUUUUUGUCACUCUCAUCAGGAAUUAUUUUUUUUGUUAUGGAGUGCAUUGAAGCAAGAGCGUUGAAAUCGAGCUUUCUUUCUCAAACUUCCAUGAAAGCUAAUUCCCAAGUGCUGUUCAACGAUGAUGGGUGGUGUCUGACAGGAAUUAACAGCGGUGCAUGCGAUGAUUUUCCGGUUGAAGACCUUCUUAAUCUUGAUUUUUCUGAUAAGGAUUUUCAAGAGGGGUUGUUUUUUAAUGAAGAUGGACAAGAGAAGGGUGUGCAGUAUAGAAAUUCGAAUUCUUCCUCUACUUUGUCCGGCACAGACGAGUUUGAUAACGUCCCCUCCGGUGAACUUUCCGUUCCGGUUGAUGAUUUGGAGAAUCUCGAGUGGCUUUCGCAAUUUGUGGAUGAUUCUACGUCUGGGCUUUCAUUAAUAUCUCCCGGCGAAAGUUUCAUGGAGAAGGCCGGAGAAUUUUCGGAGAAUCGAAUUGUGCCGGUGAGUAGACCAGCUGUUCAGAAUAUCCGAGUUCCGUGUUUACCGUUGCGGGUUCCGGUAAAAACAAGGAGCAAACGGCAAAGGCCGAAUGGGAAGACUUGGUCCUUGUCGUCGCCGUCGUUGAGCGCCUCCGAGUCGUCUUCUACGACAUCGUCUUCAAUUGGGUCCACGUUGUCUCCUGUUGUAUUAAAAAACCUGGUUCAUGACAUGGACAGGUUUUCCUACUUGGAAAAACCGCCGGCGAAAAAGCAAAAGAGAAAACCAAAGGCAGAAAACGGUUCAGUUUCGGGCGGUUCCCAGACUCUUCGUCGGUGUACCCACUGUCAAGUUCAGAAGACUCCACAAUGGCGCACCGGACCGUUAGGUCCUAAAACAUUGUGCAACGCUUGUGGCGUGAGGUACAAGUCCGGUCGGCUUUUCCCUGAGUACAGACCGGCUUGUAGUCCCACUUUCUCUCAAGAUGUCCACUCGAAUAGUCACCGUAAAGUUUUGGAAAUGCGGGAGAAGAAGGAGAUAGUUGAGGUGACCGAUGCCGGCCUGACACCAGUCGAUCCGUUUUUCUGAGGUUUAGUAUUAAUUAUGAACCGGUUUUCGGAAACCGGUCCGGUUGGUCUAGCUCGGCUGCGUCUCAAAUUUACAAUUUUGGUGGUGGACAGUAGGCUGGUAGGUGGUGGACGUAGAUUUUCAACGGAAAUUAUUAUGAAGGUUAAGAAUUUAGGUUUUAAUUUUAAUUAAAUUAAAUUUAUUUACUUGCAGUUUUAAAUUAAUGAAGAGAGUCCUAUAAUUAGGUUUAAUUAAUUAAAUUCUGGAUUAUGAGUCUGUUAAUUA